GUCUGCGGAAGAGAUAGAGCGUCUCGUCUCCAAAGGGUGGGGUGCUCCUCGCGCGCUCCCUUAGCAUGGGUUCGAGCUGCGGCCGUGUCUGCUGGAAGUGGGGGUCUCCCCUCCGCCGCCUCACGGGUUUCAGCAGGCUGCUUUCUACAGCUGCUCUCGCUCCUCAGAUAUGUGUUGUGGGGAGUGGACCUGCUGGGUUUUACACCGCCCAGCACCUCUUGAAGCACCACAGGCUGGCCCGGGUGGAUAUUUAUGAAAAGCUACCAGUUCCCUUCGGCCUUGUUCGUUUUGGAGUGGCACCAGACCACCCUGAAGUCAAAAACGUAAUCAACACGUUUACUCAGACAGCGCAUUCCGAUCGCUGUGCCUAUUAUGGGAAUGUCACUAUCGGGAAGGACGUGAUGGUGAAGGAGCUGCAGCGGGCUUAUCAUGCGGUGGUUCUGAGCUAUGGUGCUGAGGAUAACCGAAUCCUUGGAAUCCCAGGGGAGAACCUUUCGGGGGUUUAUUCAGCAAGAGCAUUUGUGGGCUGGUACAAUGGACUGCCUGAGAACAAAGAUCUGAAGCCCGACCUAAGCAGCAAGACAGCCGUGGUCCUGGGGCAGGGGAAUGUAGCUCUGGAUGUUGCCCGAGUUCUGCUGUCUCCACUCGAUAUACUCAGGAAGACUGAUAUCACUGAAGGCUCCUUGGCAGCCAUAGCCUGCAGUAAGGUCAAGCGUGUGUGGCUUGUUGGGAGGAGGGGGCCCCUCCAGGUAGCUUUCACUAUAAAGGAGUUGCGGGAGAUGAUAAACCUGCCCGGUACCAGACCUCUCCUGGACCCUGCUGACUUUACAGGCCUUGGUGAUAUUAUUAAAGAUGUUCCCAGACCCAGGAAGCGUCUGACUGAGCUGAUGAUCAAAUCAGCCCUGGAGAAACCUGGUGAGAAAGAGGCUGCUCUUUGGGCAUCAGCAACCAAAGAGUGGGGCUUGAAAUUCCGGCGCAGCCCGCUGGAGGUACUGCCCGCUACUGACGGAAAGCAAGCAAGAGGCAUCCGAAUGGCCGUCACCAGGCUGGAGGGUUCAGGCGAGUCUGCCAGAGCUGUCCCCACUGGAGAAGUGGAGGAGCUUGAAUGUGGGCUGAUCCUCAGCAGCAUUGGCUACAGGAGCCUCCCACUUGACUCUUCGAUACCGUUUGAUCCCAAACUGGGGAUCAUCCCCAACAGCCUGGGCAGGGUUCAGGGGGCACCAGGUCUGUACUGCAGCGGCUGGGUGAAGAGGGGACCCACAGGGGUGAUUAUCACCACCAUGAAUGAUAGCUUUGACACAGCCCAGUCUGUGCUAGAAGAUCUCCAGACGGGGGUGCUGAACCUUUCAAACUCCAAGGAAGGCUUCAAGUCUGUGAGGAGAAUCCUGCACAGUCGAGGGGUCCAUCCAGUUACCUUCUCAGACUGGGAGAAGAUAGAUGCUGCUGAAGUGGCAAGAGGCAAGCUGGCUGGCAAACCUCGGGAGAAGAUAGUGGAUCCUCGGGAGAUGCUGCAGUUGAUAAGUCGCUGAAGAUGCCUAUGCACAGCCCUCUGGGUCUGAGAAAAUGACAGAUCCACAAUGUAUCCCUUGCAUCUCCUCAGCAAAUCCCAUUCGCUGCUGGCCAUGCCUGCCAUGGAGGAUUGGCACAGUCAGAACUGAUUGCUGUUCUUGGAUGCAUGGGAGAAGGUGGGUGGCUCCAGGGACCGGUGGAGCUGUGCGGCAGUGAGCUGGAACUGACUCUGGCUUCCUAAAGCAGACAUGAGUUUACACAAGGCCAUGUGCUAUUGACUGACUCCAGGUCUUUACAGCCUGCAGUCUUGUCUCCAGCCACCUUCCCUCCUUGGGUCAGCCCUAUAGAGGGUCACUGCAGUGAUCUGGGAGCUCGCUGUAGUUUGAGUCACUUGGGCGUUAACUGCUUAGUUGGACCAAGUACCUCUUAGAGUGAGAGGCCCUGGCUCGCUGCUCUCCUCUGAUCAUUUACUGUACCUUUAAAGCCAGUGAGAGAAAAUGAGUGACCGUCACCUUUCCAUUCACACCAAAAGCCUGAAGCCAAAUGGCUUUAUUUCCUUGUAACCUGUGUCAGAGUCUGAGCAAGUUAUUUUCUCUCUUUAAAUCACCUAUAAAUAAGCCCUUUCAGGAAGAGGAAGGUGAAGUUGGAGCGACAGUUUGAGUCCAACCUCUUAAUCUCUGUCUGCAUUAUGCUUAGGGCUGGCUGGCCAGCCUAGGCCUGCAGCUAGCCUAAGAGCUGUGCAAAUGCAGGGCCGUUCUUCUCAUCCGCUGAGUGAGUGUUGCUUUCUGUCUGUCUGCAAACUUUACUAGGCAGAUUGUGUCUGUAAAUCCUGGAGAGUCCUCAUCUGCUCAACAGCACUUAAUGAUGAAAACCUAGACUGGGCUUGGGUUAUUUUAUUUUUUUAGCUGGGGGGGUGGGAAAUUAGUAAAUAUAUAAUUAACUUGUUCCAGAAUAUCCAGAAUCAUCUGUGCAUUAGUAUUUCAGAGGUGCAGCCUGCCCUGAUUGUGACUAGCACCAAUCUCUUGGCCUUUCUGCUUUUUUAUGUAGUCUGUGUGUUUUGAAGAUUAUUAAACAGUCCCCUUUUCCUCUUUGACCAAAUCGAUCAUGUUUUAAAUGAUUCCAGGUUUUGCUGCUAGACCGAGAGCCCCAAUAUCCUCUGUUUAGCUGUAGAAGAAGUAUAGCAUCAUCCAGACUUCCUUACUGCUCUGCUAAUGUGCUUUCUCUUUGACCUGUAGGGGCUACCUGAAUGGCUGGACUGCAUUUAUGUCACAUGUAAACUGUUCAGAUCUGUUUCUUAUGACAGCAUCUGCAGAUCCCCCUUGUAAAUGUGACUGUUGUAGACCAGGUCUCCGGGUAUUAGGGGAAUUAAAUCUCUGUCCUCAUGCAACCCUUGGUGUCUCUGCUAAAAUGUAUCAGUUGUUUUGCUGUUUUGUUGCAAUGUGGACACCUGUCUGCUGGGAGGUUCCAGAUUGUAUUUCAUGCUCAGCAUUUAGUCCAAUUUUAGACAAGACAGAUCUGGGCCUCAUCUCUUUUUAAAUCUCAUUUGCAAACUCAUUAAGAAACUCAGGAAAGUGAUGACUGCUGGAAACAUCUAUACAAAUUAGCAGUAAAGCUUGUUGAACAGCUGUUUGUGCGACGUGACUCCUGUUAUGUCGUAAGGAUGAUGCAUUUCUAAUGUUAAACUCUGAGCUGGAGAUUACGUGAAUUCUGGAUUUGGAAAGGUGAUUAAGCUUUUUUUUUUUUUGGCGAGGCUGUUGACUGCAAAGUAAUGAAAUUGCUCUCUGUCCUGCUUUGGUGCUGGGCAUACAGGAACAUAACAAUAGAGGAAACAAUUGAAAUGCAUUGUGAGUGAGGUAUUUGCCUGCGACAUGAUGUGAUGGGCCAGACCUUGUUUGUCUGUAGUGGCCGGUGGUAAAUGCUUUUUGCUCAUGUCAACAGAGUUCACCGUGAAUGUUAAUCCCAAAGCAUUGUGCUGGCUGUUUACACGGUACGGGGAGCGCACACUUGGCUGUAAGAUGGGUUGCAGUUGUCAGUUCUAUACAAGCAGGGCUCCAUGCCAGUUUUUAGGAAGGGAAAAAUAACUGAGGGGGAUUGAAUGCUGUUACUUAGAUAGGAAUUUGGCCCAGGCCUGAGGCUAAUGCCCUCCGGGAAGUGCCAUAGGACCAUUAAGGAUGCACAAGAGGUCAAGAUCCAGGUUUUAAUAUCUCAGGCAGAUGAAGGACUUUCAUUGACAAUUAUGUCAAUUCCUCUCAUGUUCGCUGUUCCUUUGAACUGCCUGUUCCAUAGCUGGCUGCAUGUCAUCUGUCCCUGACCGAGUUAAUUCAUCUCAGAAUUUAGAGCUGGUUCCUUUCCCCUUGUCUUCACUCUGCUCUUUCAUCUCUGUCUUCAGGGACCAGGGCAAUUAAAUCUCUGGUAAACUUCAUUUCCCAAUUACAUUCUGUCCAUUAGGUGGCGCUGUGAUGCCAUUACUGUAACUCCUAAGAAGUACAGCAAGGGCAGUAGAGGCUUCCUAGGGCCUGGUCUACACUACACUGUUAAACCAAUUUUAACAGCGUUAAAUCGAUUUAACGCUGCACCCGUCCACACCACACUGCUCUUUAUAUUGAUUUAAAGGGCUCUUUAAAUUGAUUUCUGUACUCCUACAAAACGAGAGGAGUAAUGCUAAAAUCGAUAUUACUAUAUCGGAUUAGUGUUAGUGUGGACGCAAAUCGAAGUUAUUGGCCUCAUUAUUUUACAGUAGCUACCCACAGUGCACCGCUCCAGAAAUCGACGCUAGCCUUGGACCAUGGACGCACACCACCGAAUUAAUGUGCCUAGUGUGGACGCGCACAAUCGACUUUAUAAUAUCUGUUUUAUAAAAUCGGUUUAAGCUAAUUUGAAUUUAUCCUGUAGUGUAGACGUAGCCUAGGGCUGAGUGACAACCUACAUUUGAUGAAUGGUGAUGCCUGGCCUGAAAGAGCAAGUGGCUCAUUAGCCACCUUUGUCUCGACUUUGUCUGCCGUGAGACUCAGCUUUUCCUGUGUGCGAGGUGGCUGCCUCCCUCUGUCUGAAAUGAUGCCCUGUCCGCGUCUGCUUUCGUCUCCCGCUUUCUUGGUGCUUUUCAGCUGUUCAGAGUUCAGUGCUGCACUUCAAAGGGAGCUCACCUGCAGUGAGGUGCAGUGGCCUGGUUUCUUACUCCUCCCUUUCCACCUCCCACACAACAGUAGCCAUCUCGGACUCAGUUAAUUCCCAUGCUUUAAAAAUCCCUUCAAGAUACCAUUAAAGUAGGGAGUAUUAAUCAAUUUAAAAAUACCAUUAUUAGACCAUUGGGAUCAUAAACCUUUGAAAGCCUGGACAUUUGAGGGUAAGGAUCCACAACCAACCUUAGCUCUCCCCAGAUAUCUCUGCCCUGUCCAUUCUCCCCUUACAGCUGGGUCCCUGAGUCAAUCACGUGUGAAGGGGAAGGAUGGUUCAGUGGUUAGGGCACUGGCCUAGGAGGUGGGAGACCUGCGUUCGUAUCACUGCUGUGCCACAGACUUAUUGUGUGACCUUGGGCAAGUCACUUGAUGUCUCUGUGCCUCCGUUCCCCAUCUGUACAAUGGGGAUAAUACCACUGCCCUGCCUCACAUGGGUGUUGAGGAUAAAUACAUUAAGAUUGUGAGGUGUUUUGAGAUUGGAUGAAAAGCCCUAAAUGAGGUUAUUUUUAUUUUAGCUAUUCAGGUAAGUGUCAGUAAUACAGGAGGGUGGGGUGAUGCAGAUGGGGCUCCGCAUUCAUAGUGGAAUGGUGGCUGCAAGCCAGUUUUCCGCAAUGUGUAUGUGGAAGGGUUGGAGACAAGCUAGAGGUGUUUUUCACUCGCUGUUGAUGGAGGAAUGAAUGUAAGACUCGCCCACCUCCUCCCUCUGCUCUAACCAGGGUGGAGCUCUGUAGCAGCGUUCCCUUUGUGGGCUGGUGCCGUGGGGAACUGGUUUUAUUGGGGCUGAACAGAAUUAACCUUGCAGACACUUGCCGCUCCAAGUAGCAAGUGCCAUGGAGAAGGCUUGGGCUACACCUCAGGGAAGAGGCUACAUGAUGAAAGCUUUAGAAAACCUGUCCCGUGAGGAAAGGUUAAAAAUUAGGCAUGUUUAGUUUUGAGAAAAGACUGGGUGGGGGGAGACCACCUGAUAAGUCAUUGAAUAUAUUAAGGGCUGUUAUAAAGAGGACUGGGAUCAAUUGUUCUCCGUGUCCACUAAGGGUAGGACAAGAAGUAAUGGGUUUAAUCUGCAGCAAUACAGGGUUUAAACUCUGGAAUAGACAUCAAGAGAGGUCGUGGAAUCCCCAUCGCUGGAGGUUAAGAACAUGUUGGACAAACACCUGUCUGGGAUGGUCUAGGUUCACUUGGUCCUGCCUCAGCACAAGAGGCUGGACUAGAUGAUCUCUCUGGGUCCCUUCCAGACCUACAGUUCCGUUCUAGGAUUCAGAUACCUCCCACCCUUGCUGCAAUGCUGUUCCCAAAUGUGCAUGACAUGAGCAGUAGGAAAUCCUGCUGCUAUGUUUGAAAUGUUUGCCCAGCAGGUGGCGAUGGUGAACAUUGCUGGAGAGUUGCCCCCUGCUUCUUCCUCUCCCAAAAAUGGCAUUGAGGAUAGCAAGAGAAUCUACUGAUACUAAACAUUUAGUUUCCUUUGUCACAGUUAUGUGUAAUGGAUAAGAAGCCAGGCAGUGCAAAGCUGAGCAUGACGCACCUGCUUUUCACCUCCUGCUUCUGAAGGGGGAGAGAACUGAAGAGCUGGAAGUAAAGACAGUACUGGCCUUUCGGUUAAUUUCCCUGCACUGAUGAUUUGUGUCACAGCUUACCCUCAGUGAAACAGUAUAAAACAGCUGAGGCCAAUAAAAGAUUAGAAUGUAGGGAGGAAUGUCCUUUAUUUUAAGAGCCCAUCUAGACUACACAGCCCAGGUCCUUUCACCCAGUUACACCACAUCCAUUGUUACGUAGGCCAAACGGUGGCCCUGCGCUGGAAACUGGCUAAUGCUCUGGACAUGUCUGAGUGUUCAGUCAGAUUACACAGCCCAGUUACAACAGUGAAAAGUCCCUUCCUGCAAGAUGCUGUGCAUUGACUCAGCUGUGUUUUGGGAUGCAGAUAAGAUAAUGCCACUUUUCUAGUAGAGGAGAAAAACAACUGGCUGAAGCAGGUCAGGAUAGCUGGCUGCUAUUUCUCGGUGUUCCGGAGCAAGUCAUAUACCUCUCUGUGCCUCAGUUUCCUCAUCUGUGAAAUGGGGAAGCUGCUACAUUUCCUCUGCCAUUUGGCAUCAUCUAGAAGGGGACUGCGUUCUCGAGCUGUUCUUGCUUUCAGCCUCAGGAGGGAUGCGCAGCUCUGAUAUCCUCCCCCGGAAGACACGCUGUCACCACGCCUAGUGCCCAGGAAGUGACUCCACGUCCCAUGGAGGCUGGUCUUUCCUUUGUCAUGGGGUUGCUUGGCAAAUUGAUAAAGAUGCAGCAUAUGAGAAAAAUUCAAGCAGGUUCCCAGAUGCUCCUGCCCCCGUUGGCCCUGGUGGCAUGCCUGCCAUUCCAGGGUCGUGCUUUUCCACGGUGGGGCAUGGAACUGUCAGCUGGCACUUAAGUCUGUCGCUUUCUUAGCACUGUGUUUAUAAACACAUUUUCUUUCUUAUGAGUGUCAACUGGGCAGCCGCCUGCCUGCUUAACUCGCACAUUAAAUACACAUUUCGAUAAAUAAAGUGGCUUAGCCACCUGAGGGCAAUGCUGCCUUGAAACCUGGUUAUUUAAUAUCCAUUACAGCCGAAGGGAAAGGUUCUGCUUUAUAUUUACAUUCCAGUGGGGAAGAGAAAUGGCAUGAUUUAAGAUCGAGUUAGUGAGACCGGAGAGGCAUUGUUUAAAAAGCUAUUCAUUUAAUGAAAUCAUAAAAAUGGAUUUAGAUGAAUUUCCCCAAUUACUCAGUCAGCCAAGACAACAUCCUGAGGAAAGUUCCCGCGAUGUUAAUGCAUAUGAAUCACCCAGAGUGGCAUCCCUUCUUCGAGUCUGCAUAACUCUGUCUUUUAAUGGCUGUUGGUGCCAUCUGUUCCCAGACCCAGAGCGUGCUGACUCCAGCAGCAAAACUUUCUGUGAGCGUUGGACAGAGCCACAAAACCCUACUGUCCUUUUGGAACCUUUUGGUGUUUUUCUAGCAAAAAUCACUUGCUGUGCAUGGAAUUAUACCCACCUCUCUCAGAAUGCGGGGCGUGGGAUGGCCUGUGGCCAACAUGACGGUUAAAUAGGCUUCCAACCACCUUGCCCUGAACUCUCACAAAAUGGGGCCGUCUGCAGGGCUAAUUAAAUGCAAAAUUCUGUUUCAAGGGUCAAAGCCACUUUUGAGUUUGAACAGUGUGGGGGAAGGUGGUGAGGCAUGAGGGAAUGAGGAAGAUAGGAAGAUUCCACAUUCCCUUUGUAUCUUCCACAUCAGCAGUUGGCUCUCUACCAGAUGCUUGCUGCUUUCCUGUCACUGUUGCACCUAGGUGUAUGGGUCUGCGUCAGGAUGUCCUUUAUACUUAUAGCUGGGGCUUACUUGUUCCAUGGCAGGAUUCUAUACUGUACACCAAGGGUGAAAUCCUGGCCCCGUUAAGGCCAAUGGCAGAACUCCUAGUGACCUCAGUGGGGCCAGGAUUUCACCCCAGGAUGUGGCUAAAGUGGUCAAGGGUAGCUAACCCCAACCAAACCUCAAUCGGUAAGUUAACGUCUUUAGCUUCAAGUUAGCUGAUUGAGGACCACUCUAGAGGGAAGCUUAAGAGCUCUGUGUGUAACGCACCUUAGCCCUAUCGGAUCAGGAGAAACUUCCAUUAGAAAAAUAUCAUUCCUUUGGCUUUCAGUAGAGCUACAACUCUUAGGUGAACCCCCCUAUCAGAUCAAUAUAUAUUUGGUUCUAGACACCUAGUACAGCUGAAUGCCUCAGCAUCUCUGUGCCUGGCCUUGAUGCCCAAAGCCCUCCAUACUCUGCUCUGAUCGCAGUGGAAGUGCUUUGUACACCUUACCAAAUCUCCUUUCUCCUGGAGAAAUCCCAAAUGGAAGAGGAAGGGGGCGCUGUUGACUCUCAGGUACAGGCAGGAGUGCUCCAUAGCUCCAGUUCCCAUAAUUGGCUGUAGGUUUUUUCUUCAUGUGUGUUAAUUACUUUGGCGUAACAGGGCCUCCUGAACAGGUUUCUUAUUGCUAAAAGGGGAAUAGACUAGAGUUAGAUGUAAACCUGCAGCAGCUGCUUUGAGGAGCUAUUUAGUGAUGUGAUGAAAAGCAACAAAGUUGUCCAGGUUGGAGUAGCUUAUUUUUGUUGAGUAACUAGCUAUUUCUUCCCUCCGUGGGAAAUUUCCCUUACUGUGAUGAGAAGGUUUUUAGUUCCCCGGCUUACCUAGUUAUCUUUCAGUGAAUAUAAAUGAAUGCAACGCACUGUGACCAUGGAUCGGAUGGUCCCUAUUCAUUUCACUGGGUCGUUUCUUUUUUUUUAAUUAAUGUAACUGGACACUGCAUUUCCAGCAUAUGUCAUAAGGUGCGUACCAUUCCAGAGCUGAGAGAGAGGGAGGAGUACAGCAGCGUUGUGCUGUAUGUCCAGCUCUAAUGGACCUAGUACUUACCCUUUCAGACUUGUCAGCUGUGCGUUUCUUUUUGUAUUCCUCUAUUUUGCCUCAAUUGUUCUCUCUCCUGGGUUUCUGGCCUACAUUUCCCUUACGUGCUCACCUUCCAUACUCUGCCUGUCUGCUCACCUGCUUCUGCUGAUAACGCCAGCUGGCACUUCCUCCAUGCUAUGCUUAGUGGAGGAUCGCCACAGCUGAGCUGUUUGCUGAUGUCAUGGACAGUCUACUCCAUUUUGGGGCUUGCAGGAGCUAUGAAUGAGGGGCGUUUAUGUAAGCAUUGGCCCUUCCUUAUGUGGCCCGUCCUCCCUUGCUUAAUCCCACACAUUUUUGUGGAUUUGUUGGGAGACUAAGGUGCAAUUCACACUUCCCUCUUUAAGAGCAAUGACUGGAUGUGUGGGAUGAAACCCUCACCCCAUUGACAUCAAUGGCAAAAUUCUUAUUGACUUCAACAGGGCCAGCAUUUCACCCAGCAUGCUUUGCUUGUUGUCACUGUGCCAAGGGUUGGUGUUGGCACUAAUAACUCUGAAGCAUGCGCCUGACCAGUGUAUGUCAGGAGGACAGGAUAAGGGGGGGAAAUCAUUGUGGCGUGUCUGCCAUCCCUGCCAGAGAAGGGGAAGAAUCAAAGGGAAAGGCUGUGACAGGCUGCUCGCUACCUCCUUUAGGACUCAAGCUGGCACUUGGAGGCAUUGAUUAAGGAUUGGCAGUGUGAGGCCAUGCUGUUGAAGGCAGCAGUUCAUGACCAGGAAGAUGAGACUGACGGUAUUUUAAAGGGACACUGCACAGGUUAGUUAGCCCCAGAAUGGGAGGGUUCUGUCUUGCAAGUAUUUUUGCCUACAAAGCCUCAUAUUAACAAACAUUUUCAUAGAUUAAAACCAAACAAAAGGAUUUUUUUUAAAUGACUUCUUGGGUUGCAAAUCCUGCAAAGGCUGGAAGUGGGCGCUAAAUCAAAAUUGACUAUAGAAUCUAGAUUCAUUAGCCGUGCUGAAUGAAUUGCGGAAAACAACCAAACCGCGUAAAUGAUGAAAUGUUAAACUAGACUUUAAACAUUUUAUCUGGUUUAAUUCUUGAGUAUUGUUAGAAACACGGACAAGGGGAACAGCGUUUUGUUUUGGUUUUAAGUAGUGGGCCGGAUUCUCAUCACAGGCCCAGUGAUGUAAAUCCAGACUUUGCUGGAGCUCUUCCAGAUUUACACUGAUUGAAACGGAGAUCAGAAUCUUAGCCCCUGCUUUAGGAUGCAGUCAGGUUAAAAAUCAUUUGCCAAGAUUCCAAUCUCAGUUUCCCUGGUGACAAUAUAGAGCAGCUCUACUAAUGUCAGCCCAGUUACUUGGGAUUUACACUCUGGGCUGGCGAUCUGAACCUCGGCCCACGAUUUUUAACAUGACUGCUUCCUUUCUAAAUGAAUGAAAGCAACAUUGUAUUUGAAUUGCACUCUGACGCACACAGGACUCUGCGCAGGAGGCAUGUCUGAUCGGCGGGAAUGAUUAAGAAAAGUGAAGGGUGCUUUUGUAACCUUUCCAUUUCAAGGUUCCCUGCUUCAGAUGUUUAGAGGAUCUAAUGUAAUUGAACCUCUGGAAACUGUUCUGUUGUUUUCUAGAAGGACUUGUCUGCUGCCUGCACUUGCUUUGUGAAUAACUGCAAAUAUAAAAUAUUACAUUAUAAAGCCAAUCACUGGUUUGAUCUGUCUGAUGUAGCUAAACCCUGGCUGUAACCACUUCCAGAGGGCGGGAUGCUGUGUGUAAAUGCAGCCCUUCUGCGUUAGGUUGUGAGCUAGCAGGACUGGGACAUUACUUGGCUGGCAGGCCUCUGAGAAGACCUGUCAGAUGAUAAAAGUGGGGUCGUGGCACACUGCCCUUGGAGUCAGUAUUGGAUCACUAGCCACCAUGGGGUUAGGGAACAAUGUGCUGCUGAAGACAGUGUGUUUCUGAUGUGAAACAGAAACUUGACUGCUUGCUCUAAUUAGAGCAUCCCAGGGCACUUCUCUGGAAUAGUAACCUAGGUGUUCUGCACAAGUUCUACUGUUGGUAAUUACAUCCUCCCUACCUACGCCUGCCCCUGUAGUUUCAGGCAAAUCAACGUAUCCGUAUGGUCCUAAACUCUCCUGUCCUGUUCAUCAGCAGCUGCUUUGCAUUCCCAAAGUGACUUGUGCGUCAGGGAGUUCUGUUACGCUUUUCAAAUACUGUUGGCGUCUCCUGGAUGAAAGGCACCUAGAAAGGUAAUGUUAAUAUCAAAGCAGGAGCUGUCCUUUUGGUGGAGCAGGAAGCGUGAGGAGUCCAGGCGUGGGUGUUGGUAUCUAGAUACCAUGGUAAUGGAUGCCUUACAAGUGCCUAAGAUAAACAGACAAGGUGAGUGAGGUCAUAUCUUUUAUUGGACCAACUUCUGUUUGGUGUGAGAGACAAGCUUCUAUGGGCCAUGUGGGGAAGAGCUUUGUGUGGCUUGAAGGCUUGUCUCUCACCAUCAGAAGUUGGUUCAAUAAAAGAUAUGACCUCCCCCACCUUGUCUCUCUAAUAUUAUGGGACUGACCCAGCUACAACAUAAGAUAAAUAAAGCAUUUGGAGGUGCUGGCUACCCACAGACUAGAUUCACUCAUGCAGGUGGGUACAAAUUGCUGGCUUAGGGGCCUGGGGCUAAAGCCAAAGCCUGAGCCCCAUUGCCUGGGAUCGAAGCCCAAGCCCUGGAUGACAGGCCUCAGGUUACAGGCCCCAUGCCUGGGGCUGAAGCCUUUGGGCUUUGGGUUUGUCUCCCCCCCCCCAAGGGUGGUUGGCUUGGGCUUUGGCUUUGCCCCUCCCUACCUGCACUCAAGGUGGCAGGGUCUGGGCGGGCUCAGGCUUUGGUCCAUCCUGCUGGGGCUAUGUAGUUAUUUUUGUUAGAAGUGGGUCAGGAAGCAACGAAGUUUGAGAACCCAUGAUCUAGUCUGACAUCCUGUAUACCACAGGCCACAGAACUCUGAAAGGGACAGAUUUUGACUGAAAGUUACUUGAUGUUUUUUGUUUUGAUUACACCCUCAUCUCUGCCAUCCUCUGCCUUCCCCAGCUCACACAGAGCAGCAAUAAUUAAAAAUUCAAUUUCUCUGAAUUCAUUGAUGGAAACAUCUGUCUAAGGGACUUGGCUACUGUAUUCACACUAACAAGGAGAAGGGACCACCAUCUAGAAAGUGUCUCCAUUAGACUCUCCCACUAAAAAUCAACCUUCAAAGUGUUACUUUGGGACAACACUGUGGUUUCUUGGUAAGUGAAUAAUGCUGAUUGGGGUCACUAGGUGUUAUGCAGGCAGCAAGGAGGUAGCAUGACCUAGUGUAUAAGGCAAUAAACCGAGAGUCAGGAGACCUGGGUGCUCUUCCUGACUCUGCCAUGGCAUCUAUCUGUUUCCCAGCUGCAGUGUAUGGCCUGGCUUUAUUUUUCUUCCACCUUUCCCCAUCUGUUUCUCAUGCUAUGUCUAUCCUAUAAAAUUAUGUUGGCCUAACCUAUGUUGGUACAUAGCUGCCACAAUUAUUAAAUCACUUGUGUGUGUGCACAGUUGGCUCCUUGUGUCGGCGGUGCGGUCCUCACCAGGAGCGCUUGUAUGGAUCUUAUUUUCAGUGUGGGAAGGCUCCUGAAAGCUGGUAAGUCGUUGUAAGCAAUGCAAUGUCUACACUGACACUCCAUCAACCUAAUAAUAUUGACCGUGACCCUACGCCUCUUGGAGAAGUGGUGGUGUUAAAUCAGCAUAGAGAGGCACUUUGACAGACAAGAGCCAGAUUUAGGUGAAUACACUUCCAUGGCUAGGUCAAUACAAGGCAGCUUACGUUGACCUAACCAUGCAGUGUAAACCAGGCCUUGGUCUAAUUUCUCCUGAUAUCUCAAGGUCCCUUUUCUUUGUUCUCUUCUGCCACGUUGUCCAGUCCCAUUAAUUCCUUUCUUCCUCACUUCUCCAUCUAAUCUCUUUUCUACCGCAUUGGCCCUUGCUCCUUCCUUAUUUUCUUCCCCACCCCUCUGUCUCUUCCAGGAAUCUCCUUUCCACUCGCUCUAUCACUGCUCCCCCUAAAUCCAUCCCAUUCCUCCCUUCUUCCCCAUCUCUGGUCACUGGCUGUUAGACAUCCCCACACCUGUCCCCUCCAGUAUCUGUCCCUGCCUGCCCCACCUGCUUGCUUGCUGGGUCCUGUAGGACAAUGCCCCUUUCAGCACAUUGGCUGCUGGAUGAUAACGCUGCUUCUCUCCUUGCUUCUGCGCUUUGGCUGUUGGCUGCCUUUCCCACACCUUGCACUUGCUGCCUUGUAUACACAGCCUGAGUGAUCCUCUGUUUGGUUCCCUCAGGGCAGUGUUGCCAAUUCUCACCAUUUUAUCAAAAGUCUCAGGAUAUUUGAGGUCCGUCUUUCUUGAAGCUGCAGCUCCUGGAGUCAUGUGACUACAUCAGCAUCUCCGCUUUCCUCUGAUUUUUAAAGAAAGUUUCUAGCUCUCAUGAUGGUGGAGAAAAGUUUGUAAGUGUGACCCAGGUGCACCUUUAAAGGCUUAGAAAUCACAGGGCAAAGAAAAAGAGCCCCAAAUGUAUUUUUAAAACAAAGCUGCUUAUUUUAAGCCAUUCUCAUGAUUAUAGGGGGACUGAUGAAUAUUUGAACAGCUGCAACUGGCAAAACAAAAGUAGAGCCUGUUUUCAGCUUUGGCAAGGUCAGCAACAGAGUGGUGGUAGAGGGAACAGGCCGCCAACAGCAGCUGAGGGCGUGGGGUGCCAAAUCUACAACUCACUGACUGGAUCUGACCCCCCAGCACCUUUCCCUCCACUCUGGAGCUCCCUUUGGAAUGAACAGAGGGAUCCAGCCUGCACCUGCCAGUGCCAGCCUCUUGCAACACAGCCUGGAAGAGCUGAAGCUUGAGUGGGUGGAGCUGAGGAGGGAGCUGGUGCCUGAUGGGCCACAGGCACCUGAGCCCCUCCCUGUCCAGGCUGCAAUGCUACAACACACAGCAUCCUGGGGCCCAGAGGAGGCUCCAUUCUCUCUUGCUCCUGCCUCACUUCUUGUCCGUGUUGCUUUAACGGGCUCCUAGAAGAGGGGAGAACUUCUUUCCUACCCCCUAGUGUCAGGAAAUGGCUGCUGCUUUCCCCUCCUAGGGAUGGAAACCAUUCACAAGGGAGAGCUUCACAAAGGGCAGAGGGGGAAAACAAUGUUGAGAAGGGGGAGAGGAUGCCCAAAAUGGGGCAAUGGUGUAGGGGAAAUUCACCAAAGGAAGAGGUGACUGGCUGUGGGGGAUGUGUAGAGGAGUGUGAUGGGGGGGGGAAGGGAGGGGUCUCAAAUGCAUUUAUUUGGUAAUGACUAGAGCUGGCCAAGAAACUGUUCUCCUGCCCUUUGAGAAUUUGAGAUUUAAAAAAAAACGCUCUAUCCUCAAUCUGGAGGAAAAGUCUCUCUCAUAUUUUUGCCAACUGAUCUGAUCUGAAAUUUUGGGGCAGAUUUUCAAUCAAAAUAUUCGGUAUCAAUUUUGAUCUUUUAAUUUUUUUCCUUUUUGCUAUAAAUUAACUUCAGCUUAAAAAUAAAGUCAUUUUGACCUGAAAAACAGAACUCUUUUUUGUUUUGGAAAUGUCAAAACAUUGUUUCGGGCAGUUUUGAAUUACAAAAUAUUUUAGAAUAUCUUAGAGAUUUGUUGAAGCGGGCCUUUUCCCAUGAACGGUUUUAGUUUUGGUGCAUUCACAUUUUCUGAUGGGGGAAAAAAUGUUUGGCUGAAAAAUUCCCAACCAUCUCUAGUUACUAAGUCCUUAAUUGUCUUUAGCUGUAGGGUUUAACUCUGGUACUCACGGACAUGCACUCUACAGCCAGGCAAGGCUGCACAGUGCCUCUUGUCAGCGAAUUCCUUACUUCUUCCCCCAGGGUUCGUGACUGAUACUGGUUAACUUGACCCUCAUCUCAGAACUCACUUGUCAUCCCUGUGUUAGGGGGGAGACUUAGCAAGAGAGAUGAGGUGACAAUUAGUUUUGUUGCCACCUUGGUAUCUCUGUCUGUCUGUCUGCUAGCUGCCUCACACAGUUCUGUUCUAUAGAGGUUCUUAUAUUGUGAUCAUCGAUGUAGCAUCUGAGUGCCUUCCAGUACUCUCUUAAGCAAUGAGACUAACUUCUGUGAUGCGAUUUGUUCUCUCACCCUCUCCCUAGGAGGAAUGAGUUGGACAGUGGGCUUGCCUAAUAGAGCCAGACUUUGGUCCAAAUUCUCUGCUGGUGUAAAUUGGUGCGCCUCAGUGCCAAUUUGCAAUAGCAGAGAAUUUGGCCCUUUGAGAUCACCUGAGCUCUUGCUCAUCUUGGGUUCUGAGCUGCACUGAAUCUGCGUCUAUAAAGCAUAUGCAGUUAGACACACCAAUGAUAUUGCAUUAAUAGAAAGUACUUGCAUUUAAUAUGAAGGUUGGGAAGUCAACAAAAGACUGGAGUUUCCAAAACUGCCCACAUGAACUCUGCCAUGUGGCAUCACAAGAAGUAUUUUCUGUACCUGUUGUCCUUUUUUAAAAUGUAGACAGUAAUGUAUUGUUUAAUCAUACAUGUCUUGCAUUCUCAACCAAGGGGAUGCAAACAGAUGUCAGGGGGUCACAAGCACCCCAUAUUGCUAAAUUGUAACACCUGGAGGAACUAUGACAGCCUGGCUUUCUGGUACAGAAAAGGGGAAUCUGAUAUGGAAAAAGUAAAUAUUUGGUAUACACCAAGAACAUACAGUACCUAGGAUAUGCUAUUUGGGAAGUUUAAACCCUUGGGACUGACUCCACCAUGUGUUAAUGUCCAGGUUGCCAACACCACGGGGGAGCACAAAUCCAACCAAGAAACAAUGUUUUCAUUGAAAUAAAAUUAUGAAAUCAUUUCAUUUGUAAAUUUACUUUUGCAAAGAUUUUAGGCACCAGUGACCCAUCACUGACCCCUUUAAGCUUGUUCCCUAGUAUGAGUAAGAAAGUAAAGAAAGAAAAUACAAUGCAGCAGCAUCAGUUAAUCUGAGUGUCUCAUGGUUUCAGUUAGAGGAAUCCAGGCCCAUGCAAUAGCCAGUUGUAAUAUGCAUAACAGGCUUCUAUAUUCCUUCUAAUUGUUAAAAUGAAAGACUUAAAAUUUGUCCUGCUCUAUAACUAGUGCUCUUGGGUAAUAUGAUAACACAAACCAUCACUUUGACUUCAAUGGGAUCAAGCCCAGUGAGCCAGUGUCAAAGGUAUUUAGGCACUCAAAGAUGCCUAGUGAGAUGUUUUACAACAAUACCUGGCCCAGCGCUGUGAAUUAAGGAUGAAGUGAAUGCUAUUUCUCUUGGUGGUGUUGAGUGUAGCUCAGAGCUUUUAAUGUCACAGUAACUGUUUUUAACUUGAGUUGACUGGUGUAAAGUCCUGAAACCCUUCAAAGGUCACUGUGGCUAGUCAUAGUUCCUCCAGGUGGUACAAACAGUUUUGUAACAGCAACGGUUCCCCAGGAAUAGGUCGUUUCCCAUUGGAGUAUAGUCAGAGUACAGUUUAGACAGUGAAUAGUUAAGUAACAGAGUCAGGGUCAUUACAUAAGCUGCCGUCUCUCUCGAAAUGCCAGGUGUCACUUUCAGAAUCCAAUGAUGUUCUCCGUAGUCUUCUCUGUGUGUUUUCCUUAUCGGUUUAAACCAGAAUAGAAUCUCAUUUUUAUGAACUGGUGUGUGACUGAGAAAUGUAAGUGAAGCGUGGUUUGUGGACAAUACCAGCUGAGAUUAUGAACCUGAUCAUAUUACAUUGUAUUUGUACAUUUUUAUUGUCACAGACUUCAUAUAUAUGAGAGUUGGGUGGUUGGAUUUUAAAAAACUGAAAUAAAGUAUAUUGGAAAUCUUUGCACAUCUUUUAAGAUAUUAAACUAUUAUUUCAUUGCUUCAA